CCCCUCGCUCACUCACCUCCAGCCCCGCACCCCUUCCAUUAUUAUCAUAUCAUGGCGCCCAAGAACCGCAUCAUCAUCGAUACUGACCCAGGUGUCGACGAUGUCCUGGCCCUGCUGCUGGCCCUCAGCGCCUCGCCUGAGGAGCUCGAGGUUGUCAUGAUCUCCGUCACAUACGGUAACGUGCCACUGCAAAGUUGUCUUCGAAACGUUGUGGCCUUGUUCCACGUGCUUGAGAAGGAAAUGACCUGGCGCCAGUCCACGGGCAAGCCCACCUAUGGCGCAUUGAAUGCCUACAUACCUAUUGUGGCUGUCGGCGCCCAGCAUGCCCUCGAGGACGAGGAGCUUGUCGCUGAUCAUUUCCACGGCGCUGACGGCCUACAUGGCGUCCACGAUAAACACCCCCACUUAUCCCCGACCGACGCCUGGCGCAGUCUGUUUGAGGACGUCCCAAGCGAGUCCACCAGCUCGGCCGAGCCGCCGUCGUAUUCGAGGUUCUUCACCCCGAGCAAGACCCCUGCUCAUAAGGAGAUGCUCCGGAUUUUGAAAGAGGAGCCAGAGAACACGGUCUCGAUCGUUGCCAUCGGACCCCUGACCAACGUUGCUCUGGCGGCAUCCGACGACCCGGAGACCUUCCUACGUGUCAAGGAGCUCGUGGUGAUGGGAGGUGCUGUGGGAGUGGAGGGCAACGUCAGUCCGUGUGCCGAGUUCAACUGCCUCGCCGACGCCGUCGCCGCUGCCCGCGUCUAUGCCCUGACCUCGCCUGUCCCCUCCUCCACCAUGCCGCCCAUGAUCCACGGCAAAUCCUUCCUGUCCCCCUACCCGGACAAGCUCUCCCGCCAGCUCAAGUUGACGCUCUUCCCGCUCGACAUCACCACCCCGCACGAGCUCAGGCGGUGCGCCUUCAACGACCGGAUCCAGCCGCUCAAGGAGGCCGGGAGCCCGCUCGCCCAGUGGACCGACACCUUCAUGAACGGCACCUUUGACAAGAUCGACUCGAUGCUCGGCGAGGGCCACAACGAGGGCCUGUCCCUGCACGAUCCCCUGUGCAUCUGGUACAUGCUGACGCGCGACGACCCGGCGUGGAAGACGGUGCCCAAGCCCGAGGACAUCCGCAUCGAGACGUGCGGGCAGUGGACCAUGGGUAUGCACGUCAUUGACCGGCGCGCCCGGGCCAAGCCUGCCGAGAAGGACAGCACGGUGCGGACACACCCGGCAGACCCGAUGGAUGCCGUCACGGUGGACGAGGUGCCGGGCGACACUAUGGGCUGGCUGAGCGUGCGCAAGGGCAACAGGAUCAACAGGAUGCUGGAGUCGCCUGGUCGGGACAUCUUUGCGGACGUGCUCCUGAAGAAGGUUUUCGCCUAGAUGAGAUAUAGACCAUGGUUCCAUAGAUUUGUUUUUUUUUCUCAUUGUAGGGUAUCUUUUCUUUGAUGUCGAUGUAAAUACCGAGCGUCCAGCCCUCUCUCCGACUGUCAGCAACCAUUCGUGAGGGCUUCAAAGAGAGUGUUCUGUGAGAGG